AUUUUUAUUUAGGGGAAUAAAUGUUCUUGCAAUUUGCUAUAGUUACACGUGGAGUACUCCACGUAGAUCUGUGAUAUCGACAUACUAAUCAUAUACCUUGCGUCGUAUGGAAGACUUAUUACUUACUAGUGCAAGAUGCCAAUUUGUGAUGAUUACUUAGCGUGACAUGUAGUAACAUAGAAUAUUUAAAAAAAUAAAUUCUCAUCGAGAUGGAGUACUUUAAAAGUAGUUUAAAAUCUGUUCUGGGUGCUACACCGACUGGAAAUCAGCCAUCAGGAGCUGAAACGGUGGAAAAGUUGGUGGACAGACUUCAGUCAUCUACAUUACUCGAUGACAGAAGAGAUGCAUGUCGUGCACUUAAAGCUUUAUCUCGCACUUAUCGUGUAGAGGUCGGUGCCCAAGGAAUGGAUACUUUAAGGCAAGUCUUAGAAAUGGAUAGAACUGAUUGUGAAAUCAUUGGUUUAGCGUUGGAUACCCUUUGUAAUAUAACACAUCCUGAAACAUUUAGCGAGGAAGUCAAUAAACAUGGACCAAAAAGUAAAAUAGGUGAACAAUUCACGGAAAUAUUUAUUAAACAGACGGACAGUGUUAGUUUGGUUCUAACAUUUUUAGAAGAAUUCGAUUUCAGAGUUAGAUGGCCAGCAUUGAAAUUACUUACGCAUUUAUUAGCUAAUAGACCUAAAGAAAUUCAAGAAAUCAUUUUGGUUAGUCCAAUGGGAGUUUCUAAGCUAAUGGAUCUUCUUUGUGAUAGUAGAGAAGUUAUAAGGAAUGAUGUAUUAUUGUUACUAAUACAAUUAACAAAAGGCAAUGCGAACAUUCAAAAAAUCGUGGCUUUUGAGAAUGCAUUUGAUCGUAUUUUUGAUGUUAUCAUGCAAGAAGGUGGAGCUGAAGGUGGUAUAGUUGUGGAAGAUUGUUUAUUACUGAUGUUAAAUCUUCUUAGAGGAAACAUAAGCAAUCAGACUUUUUUUAAAGAAGGUAGUUAUAUUCAGAGAUUAACACCCAUGUUCCAAAUGCAAACAGAAAUGGAUGAUAAUCUGAUAGGUUGGAGCCCACAGAAAGUAUCAAAUGUUCAUUGUAUGAUACAGGUUGUUCGUGCUUUAGUAGCACCUAGCUGUCCAGCUCAGGCGUUAGCAGCUUGUCAGAAAAAUAUGAAAGCUUGUGGGUUAUUACAAGCCUUAUGUAAUAUAUUAAUGGCUAGUGGAGUACCAGCCGAUGUGUUAACUGAAAUGAUAAAUGCUGUAGCAGAGGUUAUUAGAGGAAAUGCUGUUAAUCAAGAAUAUUUAUCAAGUGUUAUGGCCCCUAGUACACCUCCAAGGCCGGCAAUUGUUGUUUUAUUAAUGUCUAUGGUAAAUGAGAAACAACCAUUCCUUCUAAGGUGCUCUGUAUUAUACUGUUUCCAAUGUUUCCUUUAUAAAAAUGAAAUAGGACAAACUCAACUAAUUCAAACUUUAUUACCUCAAGGCAAUGAAGUACCUUCUUUAACAACAGGACAGUUGCUGUGCGGAGGAUUAUUUUCUCCAGAUCCACUUUCAAAUUGGUUUUCUGCAAUAGCAUUAUCUCAUGCAUUGAUUAAUAAUAAUAUUCAAAAGGAAGAACUUUUGAGAGUCCUUCUUGCUACUAAUAUCGGCAAACCACCAGUUACUUUGAUGCAACAGUGCAUUUUGUUAUUGCAACAAGAAAACAAAACUCAAUCUAAAUUAGGACUAGUAAUGCUACUCUGCAGAUGGACUGCUAAUUGUACUGCCGCAGUGAAGGCCUUCUUAAAUAUUGAUUCUUCCAUUACAUAUUUAACAACUCUUUUAUCAUCGCAAGAAAAUAAUGAAGAUUUACUGGAGACUUUAUUUCAAAGUAUGUGUGCCCUUUUAAUUGGUUUGUGUGUGCAUUUUAAUGACGACAAUGUACAAGCAUAUACAAAGGAAAAAUUAUGUAAUUUAAUAGAAAAUAGAAUUGGCCUAGAAAGAUUUCAGGAUAUUAUUGGUGGUAUAUCGAGACACGAAGUUUAUUCUCGUGCACUUAAACAUCCUCAACCUGCAGCAAAAAAUCCAUCAGAACUUUUACUAGAUUAUGAAUUUUGUAGAUUAAUAAAAACUUUAGAAGGGGCAGUGGUUAAAUCGAUAUUAGAUAUGAGUAGCGUACAACAAAAAAAUCAAAUGUCAGUAUUGGCGCCAGCUGAUUGUACUCUAGUAACACAGUACAAAGAUCUUAUCAGAGAGCAGGAUAUACAAGUGCAAAAAUUAAAUCAAACCGUUGAUACACUCAUGAAAGAGAAACAAGAAUUAGAAUCCCAUGUAAACGAACUUAAAGCUACUGUUAGUUAUUUAAAAGAUCAAAAUUUACUCCUCCGUGUUGCACAAACAAAUUUAAGUGAUGGGAAACAAGCUGUACCUUGUCUAAAUAAUUCAUGUUCUUCAAAAAAAGAACUUGAUAAAUGUAAAGAAAUAGUGACAGAAUUGGAAACAAAUUUAGCUAAGCAUACUCUUAUAAUAGAAGAAUAUAAACAAAGGGAUAUAAAUAAAAAAGAAUCUAAUAAUCUUGAGGAGAAACUAAAAGAAAAGACAGAGGAGCUUGAAAAAUUAAAGAAAGAUCAGGAAGAUCUUCUCGUACUUUUAGCAGAUCAGGAUAGUAAGAUAACACUUUAUAAAGAAAAGCUUAUUACUUUAGGAGAGAAGAUCGAUUCAGAUGAAAGUUCUGCAGAUCUUGAUACUGAUGAUUUACCAGAAUCAAGUAAUUGAAGUAUUAUUAUUAUGGAAACAAAUAUUAGGAUUCAAUGACUACAGACAUAUGUGAAUUUGUAUCCAGCUGUUGAAUAAUUUAAUCUGUGCACUAUUAUAAAAUGCAUAUUUUUGAAAGUGUUAAAGCCAUGCUUCGAUAAGAGAGAAACAAAAACAAUUUUAAAUUGUUAUUAUUUCUCUAUUAUUAUACAACUUUACUUAUAUACAUAA